GGGUCGUCAUCUCCUAAACUGCAGCAGAACUGGGGGAGACAGCAUUUGAUCAGGACGAAAGCAGGGCUUUUUUCAAAGAAGCAUACUGUGAAACAUCGAAACUUCUGGACUAGGCAGCCGUUGCGGAAACCACAGCCGGAGUAGAAGACACACCUGAUGGAAGGAAGCGUCCAUAAGGGAGAGCAUAAAUCAUAAAGGACUUUUUUCCCAGAACAUUAGGAGGGAAUAAAAGAACUGAAAAAAAGGACAAAUAAGGAAGGACAAAUACACAGACCUUUAGUCCAAAGAGGGGGCCCUAUUUCGAUUCACCAUGGUGUCUUUAGCACUUGAAUUAGCAGGCAUUCUUCUGGCAGUACUUGGCUGGGUUCUGACCGUGAUCAGCUGCGCUUUGCCAAUGUGGAGGGUCUCUGCCUACAUUGGCGCCAACAUUGUCACAGCUCAGGCGUACUGGGAGGGGCUGUGGAUGAACUGCGUGUUCCAGAGCACAGGCCAGAUGCAGUGUAAGUUCUAUGACUCCAUGCUGGCUUUACCUCCGGACCUGCAGGCUGCUAGGGCGCUCACCGUUGUCUCCAUCAUCGUUGGGCUUGUGGCUCUCCUCAUUGCCAUGAUAGGAGCAAAGUGCACCAACUGUAUUGACGAAGAGGGGGUGAAAGCCAGGGUGAUGGCUGCUUCAGGUGGGGCUUUCAUUACAGCAUCUCUGGCUCAGUUGGUGCCUGUGUCCUGGUCAGCACACACCAUUGUAGUUGAGUUUUACAGUCCAAUCCUCCACAGUGGUCAGAAGAUGGAAAUUGGGGCUGCGCUGUACCUGGGCUGGGCUGCUGCAGCCCUGCUCAUGACUGGUGGGUCCAUACUCUGCUGCAGUUGCCCUCCACAAGAAGAUAAACCAAUGAGGUACAGCUUGCACCCCCAGAGUCGGGUAGCCUACUCGGCUGCACCAAGAUCAAUUGCUCAGAGCUCCUACAACAGGAGGGACUAUGUUUAAAUGGGGAAACUACACCCUGUAUGUAGUUAUCAUGACAUAUGUUCCGAAUUAUAGCUAAAUAAUAACCUCACCAGUUUAAAUGAGGCUGAUUGUUCACUGGACUAUGGUAAAAGGGACAAAGCAAAGGUUCGGAGUUUACAAGAUAUCUAGGACCAUAAACCUGUCUGAUAAAUAGCUUGUUGAUACUUUUCUGAAGAAGAAAAAAGAUUCAGAAAAUCUAUUUACAUGUUUGGUGAUACUUUUAACUUUUUUUUUCUAAAGUAGAAAAGUUUUUUUUUCUAAAGUAGGCAGGAUAAGAGCAAAUUUUACAAGAUGUGACCAAAUACAGGAGAUUAAAUAUAUAUUUAUUUUACCUAUAUCUGGUACUUUGUGAAUGGUCCUAGUUAUGUUGAUCAUGUAAAUACAUGUACAGGUGUCAUUACUACAACAAAGCAAACAAGGACACUGCUGUGACUGUUUUGACUGUAAUCAGCUAGCAAACGGCUCUUUUGUGUUAUAUUUCUUCCUGCUAUCAUAUGAAUAUAGAGUCACAGAUGUGAAAUGUUAUAUGGCCGAGCAUGAAAGGGGUCCACUGUUUGCUCCAUAGCAAGGCCAACAUGGUAGCAUGUACAGUUUAACAAAUCACAGGUUUUGUUGAAAGUGACUUGAGAGGAAUUUGACUUGUUUUGUUUCGAAUACAUUACACAUGAUGUGGCUGUGUUUGCAUUUUCUACAAAGGUAGUUGCUUUUAAAUAACUUUCUAUUUUUAGAUAAAUAUAUAUGUAUGAGAGACAAGUUAGAGCAUUAUUGAAAUGUUAGAAGCAGGCUUUAUAAAUACAAUUAUAUCAGUAUCUAUUUAAAUGAUUUCAAUAAUCAACAUGUUAUAAUAAUAAAGAUUUUUUCUUUUCUAUGAAACAUUA